AUGACGGAGACCUCUCUGUCCCUUUUCUCCCCGCCCUCGAGCGCGUCUCUUCCCGCCUCUUCUGGCCCUGCCUCUGUCACCGCCUACCGCCGUCUGCCUCUUUCUGAAGCCAGCAACUUUUCGGUUCUUCACCCUUCUCGUUUCUCGACCCCCUUUGGCGCGCGCGGGUCGCGCACGCAGCGCCUUUUCCGCACGCUGUCGACUGGCAAGGAAAACAGCGGAGUCGUGUCCUGUGCAUUCCUCACGACGCUCCCAAAAGUAUCAACCCUCGCGAAUGGCGAAUCAAGGAAAAAGGGCGGCUUUCCGAAACGAAAGGGCGAAGGCAAGCGCGCCGCCGAGGCAGCCGCAACCGUCAGAGCUGCGAUGGCACUCGCUUCUGGUCAGGAAUCAGGCGUAUAUACACUCGAAGAUGUCGAGGCGCGAGCGGGCACCGCGCGCAUGUGCCUGAUGGCUGCAGGCACAAGAGUUCAUUUCCUCGACUUGGAAAGGGGCGAAGUCGUCGCUCGCUACAGCGCAAUCAAGGACUACGCUCGAUCUGUCUCCUGCCGAUCUGAUGGAAAACUGUUCGCUGUCUCUGACGACAGCGGCCUGGUGCAAGUCGUGCAGACCGACACGCGAGACCUGCUUCGCAAGUUCAAAGGCCAUACCGGCUCGGUCAGGAGCUGCCGGUUCUCCCCGGACAAGACCCACGUCGUCUCUGCGGGCGAUGAUACAACAAUCAGGCGCUGGGAUCUGAGCGUCGGCGAGUGUACGGACACGCUUCGGGGUCACUCGGACUCUGUGCGCUCGGUGGACGUCCCGCGGUUCUCUGCGCCGUCGAGUUCAGACGAAAACUCUGACGCCUCCGCCGCGUUCGCGUCGCCCUCCAACCUCUGGGCGCCGCACGCCUGCCUCACGGGCAGCUACGACUGCACAGCGCGCCUGUGGGACUUGCGGGCGCCCGACGAGUCUAACACUGUCGUCUUCCAGCAUGACAGACCCGUUGAGUUCGCGCGCAUCGCCGACUGCGUCCCGGGCUCUCAGUUGUUGCUGUCUUGCGCCGGCCCCGUAGUCAAGGUGUGGGACGUUCGUCAGACCUCGCGGCCGCUCUGCUCCCUGUCGAGCCAUGUGAAGACCGUGACGGCCGCGCAGAUUAUCCCUGGCCGUCUGGCGGCGUUGUCUGCCAUCCAGGCGAAGCAAAGCAGAAAGCUGCGGAGAAAGCGCGAGCGCGUGGAGGCGGAAGAACAGGGGGACCGCGAAGACGCGGAAGAAGAGGAGGCGGAAGCAGCGGAUGAGGAGGAAGAAGACGAAGAAGACGUCGAACUCGCUCGCGAAGAGGCCGAGCUGCAGGAUGGCUUGGUCGUCGUCACCGGCUCUCUCGAUGCUACCGUCAAGCUCACGUCGUUGACCACUCUGCAGGUGCGGCAUACGUUUGCGUUUGACUCCGAAGUUCUUUCGCUCGACUUUGCGCUGGCGCGCACGCCGCAGCCGGCGGCCGGGAAGGAAGGAAACGUCGCGCUCUCGGCGACUUUCUUCGUCGGGUUCUCAGACGGCUCGUGGGCUGUGCGGCAGCGCGGUCGGGGGGACGACUCCUCCGACCUGCUGGGCCUGCGGGCUUCGGGGCUUGCCGACCCGCUCGCUGCGUCGCUGCUAGUCCCCGCGAGAGAUACGCGCAAAAAGAGGAAGCUCCUCCUCAGAAUGCGCGCCAACCAAGCGCACUACUUCACGCGCGGCCGCAGCGCCCUGCCCCUGGGCGACGACUUUGUGGUGGAUACUCUACAAGCGAAAAGACUCAAUCGCCUCGAUCGUCUCCUGCGAAGCUUCCAGUACCAGGCUGCCCUCGACGUCUCCCUCACGAUGUCAUCUCAGCACGUCGUCGCGCUGGUCGCGGAGCUGCUGCAGCGCGGCGGCCUGGAAGUCGCGAUGCGCGGCCGAGACAGUGCGUCGCUCAUUCCACUUCUCCAGUUUAUUUCGAAAAACAUCACCUUCAAGAAUUCGUCCUACACUCGGAUCGUCUCUGAGAUGACGCUAGCCCUGCUGCAGGAGUGCGAGGAUUGGAUGCUGCUCAGCGGCUACGACAAAGAAGUCAUGGAGCUCCUCAAGCGAAUUUGCCAGAAAAUAGCAUUUGAGCUCCACCAAAUUCAGCAGAUGGAUCGCCUCCACAGCCUCCUGGACGCCCUCCUGGCCUCUUGA